AAUUUUGUUCUGGCUAUAGUCAGAUGAUUUUAUUCAGGUUAGGGAAACCUCUAGGGAAAACUUCUGAGAACACCAAUACCAUCGGAAGGAAUUGUUCAAUUUCGUUAAUUUUUUUUCACAUGUUCUUAUCAUUACAUGACAGUUACAGAUCAUAAUGGCCCAACAAGGCAAACAGCCACAAGGUCGGGAAGCACUCCUUAAGUCUUACAAUAGAAGACUUAAAGAUGAUGUAAAGUCCAUCCUUGAUAAUUUUAUGGAGAUUGUGAAGCUCGGGGUAGUAGAAGAGGAGACACAGAUCGGAAGAAUGACUCAGGUGGAGGAAAUAAAUUUCCAGAUUCAAGUACGAUCUGCUAAUAUGGUCAGAGCAGCAGAAUCGUUGAUGAAGCUGGUUGCAGAUGUUAAGCAGUACCUCAUCCUUAAUGACUUCCCUUCUGUCAAUGAAGCCAUAACUCAAAACUCGCAGAUUUUCAAAACAAGGAGUCAAGAAGCAGACCAGAAGCUGAUGGCAUUGCGGGAUGACAUGGCCUCAGACCUUUAUGAAUUAGAAGAAGAAUUUUAUUCCUCCAUAUAUAAAGAAAAGUGAAAUUAUCAGUCAGUAUAUUAAAAGGUGAAUUCUCUUCUGUAUGAUUUUGAAUAAAAGUUGUUUAAUUUUG